AUGGGAGAAUCAAGUGCUAGUGGAAUUGAACUUGAAAUUCCUAUCAAUACAGAAAAUGCUCCUAAGCCACUACUCGGAAUGAAGUUUAGUACUUAUGAAGAAGCUUAUAACUAUUAUAACCAUUACGCAUUGUUGAUGGGUUUUGGAAUAAGGAAGAGCACGGUAAAUUACUCGAAGAAGACAAGAGACGUGUUAGACAGAAAGUUUGUUUGUGAUAAGGAGGGCUAUAGAUCUAAUAGAGACAAGAUGGAGAUGCCUUUUCGGCGAGAGACCCGAGUGGGAUGUAAGGCAAUGAUGAGAGUUAAAGUAUUGGAGGACAAAUCGUGGGAGGUCACGGGGUUUGUUGAAGAACAUACAAAUCAUGUGUUGAGUAGUCCAGACAAAGCAAAGAUGCACAGAUCACACCAACAAUUCCAUAAAUCUCAAAGUUGUAAAAAACUUAUUGAGAGUCUGCAAGAAGAAGGUAUGCCUCCAUCCACUAUUUCUCGCGUCAUUAAUGCAACCAAUGGAAGAGAAGGCGAAUUAGUGACACCACAACAGUGUAUUGAUCACAUCAGAUACCAGAGAGUCAACAAUAUUGGCCAUGAAUGCAUAUCUAUCAUUCGACAUUUUCAGAGUAUGACAGCGAAUGAUCCAGAAUUCUAUUUUGCAAUAGAGGUGGAUAGUAGUGGACAAAUGAGGAGUGUUUUCUGGGCUGACGGAAGAUCAAGGGCGUCUUAUUUACAAUUCAGUGAUGUUGUGGUGUUUGAUGUGACAUACAGAACUAAUAAGUUCAGUCUUCCAUUUGCUCCAUUUACUGGUGUGAAUCAUCAUAGACAAUCCACUUUACUUGGUUGUGCAUUAUUAGCUGAUGAACAAGAAGAUACAUUUGUCUGGUUAUUUCAAGAAUCCACUUUACUUGGUUGUGCAUUAUUAGCUGAUGAACAAGAAGAUACAUUUGUCUGGUUAUUUCAAGAAUGGCUGAAAUGCAUGCAUGGGGUUGAACCAUGUGCUAUUAUAACAGAUCAGGAUAGAGCCAUGUGCAAUGCUAUUCACUCUGUGUUUCCAAUGACAAGACAUCGUUAUUGCUUUUGGCACAUGCAAAAGCAUAUUACUGAUCAUUUGGCUACUUUGGUUUCUCGUUAUGAUGAACAGUUUCAAAGGUAUUGGGGCUUAUGGUGUAAUAGUUCUUCAAUAGAACAGUGUGAAGGAUAUUGGCUAGAGAUGAAUGAGAAGUUUGAUAUAAAUGAAGAAGAGGAUGGAUGGUUGCAGUGUGAAGGAUAUUGGCUAGAGAUGAAUGAGAAGUUUGAUAUAAAUGAAGAAGAGGAUGGAUGGUUGCAAACUGUUUAUAAAUAUCGAGAACAUUGGGUGUCAUGUUAUUUGAAGGAUACUUUUUUUGCUGGAAUGAGAUCGAGCCAAAGAAGUGAAAGUAUAAAUGCAUUUUUUGAUGGGUGUGUUAACUCACAGACUCAAUUACACGAGUUUGUUCUACAAUAUGAAAAAGCAUUAACUCAUCGUCGUUUAAGUGAAGCCCAUGAAGAUUUUAAGAGUCUUAACACAAAACCUAUCAUGCUCCUUGGACAUCCGAUUGAGGUACAAGCUGGAGAAAUGUAUACCCGCACAAUGUUUGAUGUUCCAAACUGA